GGCUUCCCCCACAGCUCCAGCUGGAGUGGCCAGGCCCCAAACGUAGGAUGGGGCGCCCCCUACAAGGGCGGGUAGCAGCCAGAACUGAUACAGACCCCCUGAUCUGGGGCCAGGACGCCAGCUGAGGAGGGUGGCAGUAUCUGGAGCCAUGGCUGGCGCCUCAGUGAAAGUGGCAGUGAGGGUUCGGCCCUUCAACGCCCGUGAAACCAGCCAUGAUGCUAAGUGUGUGGUCAGCAUGCAGGGCAACACCACCUCCAUCGUCAAUCCCAAACAGAGCAAGGAUGCCCCCAAAAGCUUCACCUUCGAUUACUCCUAUUGGUCACACACCUCGGCCGACGACCCCCAGUUUGCAUCUCAGCAACAGGUGUAUCGAGACAUCGGUGAAGAGAUGCUGCUCCAUGCCUUUGAAGGCUACAAUGUGUGCAUCUUUGCUUAUGGGCAGACCGGGGCUGGGAAAUCCUACACCAUGAUGGGAAGGCAGGAGCCUGGGCAGCAGGGCAUCGUGCCCCAGCUCUGUGAGGACCUCUUCUCCCGUGUUAAUAAGAAUCAGAGUGCUGAGCUGUCCUAUUCUGUGGAGGUGAGCUAUAUGGAGAUCUAUUGUGAACGGGUACGAGACCUCUUGAACCCCAAGAGUAGGGGCUCUCUGCGGGUCCGGGAGCACCCCAUCCUAGGCCCCUAUGUGCAGGACCUGUCUAAAUUGGCUGUGACCUCCUACGCAGAUAUUGCCGACCUCAUGGAUUGUGGCAAUAAGGCGCGGACUGUAGCUGCCACCAACAUGAAUGAGACCAGCAGCCGUUCCCAUGCUGUCUUCACUAUUGUCUUUACGCAGCGCUGCCACGACCAGCUUACUGGGCUGGACUCGGAGAAGGUUAGUAAGAUCAGUUUGGUGGACCUGGCUGGUAGUGAGCGGGCUGACUCCUCAGGGGCUCGGGGCAUGCGCCUAAAGGAAGGCGCCAACAUCAACAAGUCCCUGACAACUCUAGGGAAGGUGAUCUCUGCCCUUGCGGACAUGCAAUCAAAGAAACGGAAGUCGGACUUUAUCCCUUACCGGGACUCUGUGCUCACCUGGCUGCUCAAAGAGAAUCUGGGUGGGAACUCCCGGACAGCAAUGAUUGCGGCCUUGAGCCCUGCCGAUAUCAACUAUGAGGAGACUCUUAGCACUCUCAGGUAUGCCGACCGCACCAAGCAAAUCCGAUGCAACGCCAUCAUUAACGAGGACCCGAAUGCCAGGCUGAUCCGAGAGCUGCAGGAGGAGGUGGCCCGGCUUCGGGAACUACUGAUGGCUCAGGGCCUGUCAGCCUCCGCCCUGGGAGGCCUGAAAGUGGAAGAGGAGAGUCCCGGAGGUGCUAUGCCAAUUGUAUCUACUCCCCCUGCCCCAGCUUCACCCUCAUCUCCCCCAGCACACAACGGGGAGCUGGAGCCAUCGUUCUCCCCCAGUGCUGAGCCCCAGAUAGGGCCUGAGGAGGCCAUGGAGAGGCUACAGGAGACAGAGAAGAUUAUAGCCGAGCUGAAUGAGACCUGGGAGGAAAAACUCCGCAAGACUGAAGCACUGAGGAUGGAGAGAGAAGCCUUGCUGGCUGAGAUGGGGGUGGCUGUGCGGGAGGACGGGGGAACCGUGGGCGUCUUCUCUCCAAAGAAGACUCCUCACCUAGUGAACCUGAAUGAAGACCCUCUGAUGUCAGAAUGCCUGCUUUACCACAUCAAAGAUGGCGUGACCAGGGUAGGCCAGGUGGAUGUGGACAUCAAGCUGACUGGGCAGUUCAUUCGGGAGCAGCACUGCCUGUUCCGGAGCAUCCCUCAGGUGGACGGAGAAGUGGUGGUCACGUUGGAGCCGUGUGAAGGAGCUGAGACGUACGUCAAUGGGAAGCUGGUGACUGAGCCGCUGGUGCUGAAGUCAGGAAAUAGGAUUGUGAUGGGUAAGAACCAUGUUUUCCGCUUCAAUCAUCCGGAGCAAGCACGUCUGGAGCGGGAACGAGGGGUCCCUCCACCCCCAGGACCGCCCUCUGAGCCUGUCGACUGGAACUUUGCCCAGAAGGAGCUGUUGGAGCAGCAAGGCAUUGAUAUCAAGUUGGAGAUGGAGAAGAGGCUGCAGGAUUUGGAGAAUCAGUACCGGAGAGAGAAGGAAGAAGCUGAUCUUCUGCUGGAGCAGCAGCGACUGUAUGCUGAUUCGGACAGUGGGGAUGACUCUGACAAGCGCUCCUGUGAGGAGAGCUGGAGGCUGAUCUCCUCCUUGCGGGAGCAGCUGCCCCCCACCACAGUGCAGACCAUCGUCAAGCGCUGCGGCCUGCCCAGCAGCGGCAAGCGCAGGGCCCCUCGCAGGGUCUACCAGAUCCCCCAGCGGCGUCGGCUGCAGGGCAAAGACCCCCGCUGGGCCACCAUGGCUGACCUGAAGAUGCAGGCGGUGAAGGAGAUCUGCUAUGAGGUGGCCCUGGCUGACUUUCGCCACGGGCGAGCUGAGAUCGAGGCCUUGGCUGCCCUCAAGAUGCGGGAGCUGUGCCGCACCUACGGCAAGCCGGAGGGGCCUGGAGACGCCUGGAGGGCUGUGGCCCGGGAUGUCUGGGACACGGUGGGCGAGGAGGAAGGUGGCGGUGGCAGUGGUGGCGGCGGCGGUGAGGAGGGAGCCCGCGGGGCAGAAGUGGAAGACCUCCGGGCUCACAUAGACAAGCUGACAGGGAUUCUGCAGGAGGUGAAAUUGCAGAACAGCAGCAAGGACCGGGAGCUGCAGGCCCUGAGGGACCGCAUGCUCCGCAUGGAGAGGGUCAUCCCCCUCACCCAGGAUCAUGAGGAUGAGAAUGAAGAAGGCUGUGAGACCACCUGGGCUGCUCCUGAGGUGUCUGAGGUCCUAGAAGAGACUGCCUCCAGUGACCGGCCGCCCUCAGCCCGGCCCCCCUCGCCUCCCUUGUCAAGCUGGGAACGGGUGUCACGACUGAUGGAGGAGGACCCUGCCUUCCGCCGAGGCCGCCUUCGCUGGCUCAAGCAGGAGCAGCUGCGGUUACAGGGACUGCAAGGCUCUGGGGGCCGGGGUGGGGGGCUGCGCAGGCCCCCUGCCCGCUUUGUACCCCCGCACGACUGCAAGCUGCGCUUCCCCUUCAAAAGCAACCCUCAGCAUAGGGAGUCCUGGCCGGGAAUGGCAGGGGUGGUGGGUGGGGAGGCCCCAGUUCCUCCCCCACCCCCAGAGGAGGUCAUUCCCCCUCCAGCCACCCCUGCCCGAAGGCCCCCAAGUCCCCGCAGGUCCCACCGCCCCCGCAGGAACUCCCUAGAUGGAGGGGGCCGACCCCGAGGAGGGGGUUCCUCGCAGCCUGAACCCCAGCACUUCCAGCCCAAAAAGCACAAUUAUUAUCCCCAGCAGCCCCAACCAUACCCAGCCCAAAGGCCCCCAGGGCCCCGCUACCCCCCAUACACUACUCCCCCCCGGAUGAGACGACAGCGCUCAGCCCCUGACCUCAAGGAGAGUGGGGCGGCUGUGUGAGCCCUGAGUCCUGGGCAGUCUGGCCAGGCCUGUGCUGGAAGGAAGGAGAGACAAGCCUGAGACACUGCUUCCCCAGGAGCCCUGGGGCAGGGAGGCCCGGGAGACUGAGAGAAGGAGACUGGGAGGUCGGAGUAGGUGAUAGAAGAUGUGAGGGGGUGAUGAGGUCGGAGGCCAGAGGCAGGAGGCAGGAAGAGGGCAUGGAGUUGCCAGGAGCAAACCAAAGUGAAGGAAGGAAGAGAAGAGAAGAUAGGAUGCUCCCUCGGGGCCACCCCUUGCAGGGGGGUGGGUGUCCCACAAACGCUGCUAUGGGUGGGGUGGGGGGCUGGGGAGCUGCAUAGUCAGUGUUUGACUUUCUUUUCAAGUAGGGGCAAAGGGAAGAGAAUUACGAACGAGGCAAGUUCUCCUCCCCUGCCACAUCUGUCUGUCUUGUCUGUGGUGGGUUUCUGUUUCCAGGGAGGUGUUGUGGGAUUAUAAGUCAUUCCCCUCCCCUUCCAGGCCUCCUACUAUAUUUGGAGGACCUGUCUGGUUUGGUUGGAGUCCCGCGAUGGCAUGGGACCCUUUAAUAAAGGAUAGCAAACAG